AAAGGUGGAAGAGUAGGAAGGAGUACAGGCAGAAAGAGAGAGGCACAGUGCAGGGCAGCAUAGACAAUCACUAUCGGCGGGCUUUGAGCCGAGGCUUGUUUCGAAUACGGCCGAAUCUGAGUUUGUAAACGGUUUCGUCACUGCCACGGAAAAUUGGCCGAGAAACAGCCCACGACUACUGACUGCUGCUGCUAGGCACUCGUCUCGAGACAAGGGCAGUUAUACAGUCAAUCCUAAAAAUGCCACUGGUCCUCAUAUCAGGCUUUCCCAGCGCGGGGAAGACGACGCGGGCAACCCAACUCAAGGACUAUUUCGAGGCCAAAAUUGCCAGCUCCAGCGCCGAUGCUCGCGCCAGUCGACUAAAAGUGCACCUUAUCAACGAUCAGACCCUCGGCGUCUCUCGUAGUGUCUAUCAUACCGCCAGAGCCGAAAAGGAUGCGCGCGCGGAAGAAUAUUCUGCCGUCAAAAGGGUGCUCUCGCGGGACGAUGUUGUUAUCGCGGAUGGUAUGAAUUAUAUCAAAGGAUUUAGAUACCAGUUGUACUGCGAGGCCAAGGCGUUACAGACUCCGAGCUGCGUGUUGCACAUAGGAACGCCGGCCGAACGAUGUCGCGAAAACAAUAAGAAGCUCCUGGCCGAUAAAGACAGCGAUGGAGGAUAUGAAGAAGAAGACUUUGAGAACCUGAUCUUCAGAUACGAAGAGCCCAAUGGCAUGACAAGAUGGGACAGCCCACUGUUCAUCGCAGUCGAGGAAGACGAGACACCACCCAACGAUCAGAUAUGGGACGCGCUCAUAGGUAGUGACGGAAAGAUGAAGGUUGUCAAGCCCAACCUGGCGACAGUGUUGAAACCGGCGACGGAGCAGAACUACCUCUACGAGCUCGACAAAACGACGUCCGAUAUUCUCGCACAGAUAAUGACGUACCAGAAAGACCACGCAGGUGAAGGAGGGGGUGAGAUAGGAGUCCAGGAUGUUGAGAAACCCAUCGAGCUUCCUGCAACACCCAUGACCCUCUCGCAGCUGCAGCGCAUACGUCGUCAGUUCAUUACGAUGAACCGGUCACACAGCUUCUCCAAAGCUAGGAUCAGGGAAGUCUUCGUCGACUACCUGAAUGCUGAAUUUCUGCGCUAGAGAAGUUGGUAUUCGGAGCCGUAUGCAGGGCCGAUCUGGCAUCAGACAUGCCCCAGAUGUACUUCAGCUGGCUAU